UAAAACAUUGAAACCCUCGUCCCUCUCUCUCUCUCUCUCUCUCUCUCUCUUCAUCUCUGUGCAAAUAUCUAUUUCUAAAUCUUAAAAUUCAUGUGAAUCUCCCAGAUAAAAGCAAACUUAAAGAGAACAUUUAAGAAUGAGUUGCAAUGGUUGUCGCGUGCUUCGAAAAGGUUGUAGCGAGAGUUGCAUCCUCCGUCCUUGUAUCCAAUGGAUCGAACCUGCCGAAGCUCAAGGCCACGCCACCGUAUUCGUCGCUAAAUUCUUCGGCCGUGCCGGUUUAAUGUCAUUUAUCUCCUCCGUACCGGAAUCUCAGCGUCCCGCUCUGUUCCAGUCCUUGCUCUACGAAGCUUGUGGGAGAACUGUGAAUCCGGUGAACGGUGCCGUGGGGUUGUUGUGGACGGGGAACUGGAAUAUCUGUCAAGCGGCGGUUGAGACGGUUCUUCGCGGCGGUUCUUUGAGACCCAUCCCGGAGCUUCUUACACGCGACGGCGGGUUCGGUGGGUUCCCUUCUCCAACUUCCGACGAAGCAUCGGAGAUCUGCACGGAGAUGUUGAAUGAUUCCGGUGACGGGAAUAUCUACCACCACUGCCGAUUCUCGAGCUCAAGGUCCAGACCUACGGUUACUCCGCCUAAGCGGAAACGAUUAGGGACAGAACAGCACCAACAGCAACAACGACCGUGUUCGGAGCUAGAUCUCUCUCUACUCUCUAUUUUUCCGAUCAAAACGAGACAGCUUAAGGAGGAAACGGCUCGACCCGAAACACCGUCUAUGUACUCAGGGGAAUCCGUUACAACGACGCCGUUUACGGACAACAUCGCCGGUGAAAGGUUCGCACGCGGAGGAGAAACGACAAAGUUGCUCAACCUUUUUGCUUGAACGGCGUUCUCUUUAACCUUCUUUUUUUCUUAAUAUUUUUGGUAGAAUAUGGCACACCGGCAAUGAUUUUUCUUUAUAAUUAUGAGAAAUUAACAAAAGUAGAGAAUAAUGAUAAUGAGACGGUGGCGGCGUUACUAUUUUCUUCAUAAUUAUCAUUACUCAAUUUUUUUUCGCUCUCUAUGAAGAAGUUUACUACGUAAAUAAAAUAAUCUAUCUUUUGUUUA